AUGUCUGAAUGUCAUUCCAUCACACCUCACCAUUCAACCCCGCCCCCCCACACUGCAUGCCCAUCUCCAACACCAACCCUAGGGAAAGAAACCUCUUCAGGUCACGAGCCGUCUCCCCUCACAUGUCGCAUCCUGCAGACUAGAUCGCGAGACUUCCUCGGCACGCCUGAACUUGGUGUAGCUAGCGAUUGCGCCCACAAUCACCGGUCAACAAGCAGCUGGCCGGCCUCACUCCUCGCAAGACUCAGCGGCACGCGCGGUGGACACAUUAUCGACACAGGGACGCCCAUUGCAUUUCAUUCCCAAUUCUUCAAGUAUCCAAACACUCGAACAUUAUGUGUGUGUGUGUACUGUCUUGCUCUCAGAUUCAGCUGGCCACGUGCGCAUCCCCAUUCAGAGCGUGCCACGUGGGAUCACCCGAACAGUGAAUGA